AUGAUUUACAUCAAUUUUCCACUAAUUCGAUUUUAUCUUGAUAUAGGCAAGAUCUUUUUGAAACCAAUAACCAUUUCAUCUUGUAUCUUAGCCGUCCUUUGCUUCUUUCAGAACCUUGAAAGUGUUAUUAACUUUUCUCAACACGCUUUUUUAUGGAUUGCCAAAAGCUUUUCUACAGUAAAGACCCUUACAUACCUGACUCUGGCUAUCUUUUUGGAAACAAUAAUAAUCUCUGUUCUUUUCCCAUUCAAAGUACUAUACAAAGUUGUUAGCUUCUCGGUAAACACAACUGUUCUUGCUCUUCAAAAGUUUAUUAUUUAUGCCUCUUGGGUCUUGGACUAUCAAAAAACGCUUCAAGCUUGGUCACUAUCAAAGAAAAGCUCAGUGUAUAAUCUAAACUCCUAUGACUACGAAAGUUGUUUUCAGAAUUUUCCCUCAGUUACUGGCUAUAUUUAUUGUCUUGACGGAAAAGUGCAGUUAAUUUGGCAUUUCGGAGAACUCGAGCAUUUGACUCCAAUCUUUAAUGAUCAAUACAUCGAAGCAGACGGUGAAAAAAUAUCCUUUAACGUGAAUGGAAAGAGUACCAAAGUUCAACAAAUUGUAGGUGAAUAUUUCCAUGAUGCAUUCAGUACAAAUACUCAGCUAUUUCGCUGCAAUCAGAUCUUCAAGUUGUACUGUCUUAGCGGAAUCAAAACGGAUUUUUUUCCGGGACUUCUCGAAUACGAAACGUCAACAGGCGAACUCAGAAUUGCUCAGAAAGAAUCCAUUGAACAAGCGUGUGAUGAAAAUGACCCAAAUGAUACUUAUGCAGAUACGGAUUAUUGGAAGUCGAUUUUUGAAGAUGAACCAAAAAUGAUACUAGAAUGGAGUGAUGAAACAGAAAUUAACAAUGAUGAGAAGAACGGAGAUGUCAUCCUUGAAGAGAUAAUUCAAGAAAUAAACUCAGAAAAAUUGUCCGAAAACUUGAAGAGAAAUCUCUUGCCAGUAACUGAGGAUUCAACGGAAGAUACAAACCUUGUCUCAACUGAAACUACUAGCUUUGAAAACAACAUUAACAUUAACAUUAAGGAAUACUCCAAUAACAUUAAAAAUGAACUAGAGGGAGACUAUGGCAAUUUCAAAACUCAUGAUGCACAAGAAGUUGAUUUAGAAAACUUAUUCCCGAUCCUUCCAACUUAUGAACAAAAAAUAGACAGUGAUGCAUUAAAAAAAGAUUCCAUCUUGGAACAAACCGAAGAAAACAAUAUUUAUGGAGAAGACAUCAGAUGGGAGGAUGAUCCAUGUUUCUUGCCAAUAAUACCAAUUUACGAAGAAAAAGAAGAAAGGAAAAGAGGAAACAAAAGAAAGUACAAAGAAAGAGACAUUUUGUCACCAGAGCCGAAGUAUAGUAUCGAUUACCAAGAAGAAAAGGGUGAUGGCAAAGACAUGUUUUCUACUACGAAUAGGUUGAUUUUUGAAUGCCUGGAGCAUAUGAGAGAAAAUUGGGGACUGGAUAAUACAGUACUAGAAGAAGAAGAUAGCACCCUAAGCGAACUGAAGCUGGAAGAGCGGAAUCGAAACGCACAAGAACCUGAUGCAAGUGCAGUAAAUAACAUCAAAAAAGCAAUUACAUUUCCCAAUGGCGGCGAAAACAUUCGACCCUUCUACUCGGAUAGCGAUACUUCAGACGACGAGGAAGACGAAGAUGAAGGAGAUGAAAGAAUAAUGAAACUCGAAGACUUAUUUUAUGAACCAUUUGAUGAUGAUUAUGAUGACUCUAAUCUUUUCCUACAGCAAAAGGAACAUUCUUCAAGCAAAGAAGGAUCACAUAAGGAAGAAGAGACGAUGAAAGAUGGACUAAUGGAGAUUGACGACCUUCAGUUUAUGGACGAAGAGAAGAACAAGACAUUGAAGAUGCAACUUUGUAUGAGUUUUAUAGCCGAGCGAUUUCUUCAGCCGUCUCAAACUGAUUUUGUUGAAGAGACACAGUGCCGGUAA